AUGAGUGAGGUAUGGCAAGUGUUCACAAAAAGUGAAUAUAACCACAAAGCGAUAUGUAACAUCUGUAAAAAGAACUAUUCAAAUUCUGGGACUAACACAACCAAUUUAUGGUCACAUUUAAAAUCAAAACACAUUAAAAAAUUUACAGAGUUAGACAAUUUAAGAAAGGGUCUACCGCAGCUAAAUAGUUACAAUAAUUCAUGUGAAGAUUUUUUGACUGAGGAUAAUGAAAAUCAUACUAUUAAUAGUAAUGAAAUAAUAAACAAUCAAAUUCCAUCUACUUCUAAUUCAACCUUGAUACAAACAGUCUUAUCUACCAAAACUACUCAAAAACAUAAGCUUUUAAAUAGUCAAACUUUGAUGUCAGCAUUUACCAUAACUAAAGCUUCACAAUGUAAAAUUGAUGCAGCAUUAGCUUAUUUUAUAGCAGUAGACAUGAUGCCUUACAACCUUGUGACCAAAGACGGUUUCAAAGUGUAUACAAACGCCUUAAACGCAAGCUACCAUAUAUCUAGCCGAAAGACACUUACUGAUUUCAAAAUACCAAAUUUAUACAAAGAUACUAAGACUAUCAUUGAGUCGAUUGUGAAUAAUGUUUAUUUUAUGUCGUUUACUACAGAUUGUUGGACUUCUAGAUCCAACCAACCGUUUUUAGCUUUAACUGGGCAUUAUAUUGAUUCUAAAUUUAAUUUAGGUUCCGUAUGCUUAGGUUGCAUAGAACUGUCUGAAGACCACACUGUAGAAAACUUGGCAGACACUUUGCAAUUAAUUUUAUUGGAUUAUAAUUUGUCUGUUUCUCCUAAAAAUGUGUCUGCAUUUACAACUGAUUGUGGUGCUAAUAUAAUAAAAGCUAUUAAGAACUUAGAUGUACAACAUGUGCCUUGUUUUGGUCAUGCUUUCAAUACUGCGGUGGGAAAUAUAUUCAAACUUGAAGAAAUACAAAUUACUGUAAAUAAAACCCAAAAAAUCCAAAACAUCUUUGCUCAUAGCUGGCAAGCUGUCCGAGAGAUGAAAAUUGAGCAAGAGCGUUUUGGGUUAAAAAAACUUAAACUUCCAUCUUAUUCCAAAACUAGAUGGUGGUCUCUUCUUGAUUUAAUUUCGGUCAUUUUAGAUCAAGAGUUAGGGAUAUCUAGUUUUCUUAAGACCUAUAAAAAUGGUCAGUUUAAAAAGUUAGUUUUGUCUGAUGAUGAAAUUGAUGUCUUAAAAAGUAUUACAAUGAUUCUAAAACCAGUGCGAGAAAUAACUGACCACUUGACUGGAGAAAGUUAUGUAACUGCAUCAGCUGUAUAUCCAGUUAUAUUUAAUCUGAAAACAAAACUAUCAGAAGCUGUAAAUAGUAAUAAUAUUGCCGCAGCAUCUAAUGAAAAAUGUAUUGAAAUAAAAAAAAAUAUAUUUUCAUCCAUUAUUGAAGUUCUUGACAAACGUUACAAUAAUAAUAUUGCAUUAAAAAUAUGUAUGGUUUUAGACCCAAGGUUUAAAACCACCUUUAUUGCCCAGGAAUAA